AUGCCGCCUCUCACCACAGACCCUCCACUGCCGCAGAAGCGAUUCCAGUCCGCACACGCGUCUGGCUCCAACGCCGCCCGAUCCGCUGGCGGCGGAGGUGUCUCCCAACCAUCAUCCGCACCUCAUGCCUCUCCUUCCCAUACUUCUGACAGCCACAAUAAAAUCUUCAUCUAUACCCCGCCGCUUCAUAUCGACGGCAUCUUUGCGGGCAAGCUCAUGAAGUUUGCUCUUACCGUCGAACAAGAGCCACUGUUUGGGCGGCGGAAGACGGAAAAGGAUCGAAGGCCUCUGUGCCCCGCCCCUAUCAUCAGGCUUCGGGCUGUAGAAUGUCGCGAUGAGCCUGACUCGCCAAGCCAUGAGGGGAUCGCUGAAGCGGAGUGA